UGGAGGGAGGCGGAGGAAUAUGUCCGAGAGGGAAGUGUCGACAGCGCCGGCGGGAACAGACAUGCCUGCGGCCAAGAAGCAGAAACUGAGUAGCGACGAGAACAGCAAUCCGGACCUCUCUGGAGACGAGAAUGACGAUGCGGUCAGUAUAGAAAGUGGCACAAACACUGAACGCCCUGAUACACCUACAAAUACACCAAAUGCUCCUGGAAGGAAAAGUUGGGGGAAGGGAAAAUGGAAGUCCAAGAAAUGCAAAUAUUCUUUCAAGUGUGUAAAUAGUCUCAAGGAAGAUCAUAAUCAACCAUUGUUUGGAGUACAAUUUAACUGGCACAGUAAAGAAGGAGAUCCAUUAGUGUUUGCAACUGUAGGAAGCAACAGAGUUACCUUAUAUGAAUGUCAUUCACAAGGAGAAAUCCGGUUGUUGCAAUCUUAUGUGGAUGCUGAUGCUGAUGAAAAUUUUUACACUUGUGCAUGGACAUAUGAUAGCAAUACAAGCCAUCCUUUGCUGGCUGUGGCUGGAUCUAGAGGCAUAAUUAGGAUAAUUAAUCCCAUAACAAUGCAGUGCAUAAAGCAUUAUGUUGGCCAUGGAAAUGCAAUCAAUGAACUGAAAUUCCACCCAAGAGAUCCAAAUCUUCUCCUGUCAGUAAGUAAAGAUCAUGCAUUACGAUUGUGGAAUAUCCAGACAGACACUCUGGUGGCAAUAUUUGGAGGCGUAGAAGGGCACAGAGAUGAAGUUCUAAGUGCUGAUUAUGAUCUUUUGGGUGAAAAAAUAAUGUCCUGUGGUAUGGAUCACUCUCUUAAACUUUGGAGGAUCAACUCAAAGAGAAUGAUGAAUGCAAUUAAGGAAUCUUAUGAUUAUAACCCGAAUAAAACUAACAGGCCAUUUAUUUCUCAGAAAAUUCACUUUCCUGACUUUUCCACCAGAGACAUACAUAGGAAUUAUGUCGAUUGUGUACGAUGGUUAGGUGACUUGAUACUUUCCAAGAGUGGCCGUGCCAUUUUACAUUCCCACCAGCAAUGUAUGAAAGAUCCAGUGUCUCCGAAUCUUCGCCGGCAUUUGUCUUGUGAAAAUGCCAUUGUGUGCUGGAAACCUGGGAAAAUGGAAGAUGAUAUAGAUAAAAUUAAACCCAGUGAGUCUAAUGUGACUAUUCUUGGGCGAUUCGAUUACAGCCAGUGUGACAUUUGGUACAUGAGGUUUUCUAUGGAUUUCUGGCAAAAGAUGCUUGCAUUGGGCAAUCAGGUUGGCAAACUUUAUGUUUGGGAUUUAGAAGUAGAAGAUCCUCAUAAAGCCAAAUGUACAACACUGACUCAUCAUAAAUGUGGUGCUGCUAUUAGACAAACCAGUUUUAGCAGGGAUAGCAGUAUUCUUAUAGCUGUUUGUGAUGGCAGUAUUUGGCGCUGGGACGACUUCGAUAAAAUACUUUUUCUUAAUCAAAAUUAGAGUGUGUUUUCUGUGUAUAAUAGAAUUACUGUAUCUUGCUAGUAAGGGCACAUAGAGCAUUUAGAGUUGUCUUUCAGCAUUCAAUCAGGCUGAGCUGAAUGUAGUGAUGUUUACAUUGUUUACAUUCUUUGUACUGUCUCCUGCUCAGACUCUACUGCUUUUAAUAAAAAUUUAUUUUUGUAAA